AUAAAAUCAAAUCAAAUGAAAAUAGACCCAUAAUAACAUUUUUAGACACACACAGAUCUAAACUAAACCUUCCAUUUUCUCAUUAUUAUAAUCUUCUUCUUCCAUCAUCUCUCAGAUCUCUCUCUCACUCACUUUCUUCAACUGCAAUUCCGAUUUCCGAUUAUCUCUCUUCCACCGCGCCAUCCAAUUCCUCCGCCGCCGUCGACUGAUCUCGUUUCAAUUUCCGAUGAUCUCGAUUCACAUACAUUUCUUCCAAUUUCGCUCCACAAUUCAACACACUCUUUGAUCCGUGUACAUUAGAGAGAGUAAUUGAUUUCAAAAUAUGGCUGGUGGUGCAGCAGGAGGUUUUGUCACUCGAGCAUUCGAUUCUAUGCUCAAGGAAUGUUCCAGCAAGAAGUAUCCUGAACUUCAUAAAGCUAUCAAUAAUUACACAGAUAUCACCAAAGAAGCUAGCCAGAGAAAGCAGACUCAGGCCAAUCAAGUUGCACCCUCACCUGAAUCUGUGAGUGUAAGUGAAACUGAAAAUGGAGCAGCAACUAGUUCAGAAACUGAUCAGUCACAGAAGGCUGAGACUGUUUCUAACGCGGAAGAUAAUGGUAACAGGCCUUAUAGUGGAAAUAUUAUUGAACUAUUAAAUAAAGCUGGGAAUACACUUGAAGGAACUGAUGCAGAACUUGUUUUAAAUCCACUUCGUCUUGCCGUUGAAACGAAGAACUUGAAAAUUCUAGAACCUGCUUUAGAUUGUAUCCAUAAACUUAUUGCAUAUGACCAUUUGGAGGGUGAUCCUGGGUUGGAGGGCGGUAAAAAUGUCCCAUUAUUUACAGACAUACUAAACAUGGUUUGCAGUUGUAUUGACAAUUCAUCACCUGACAGUACUAUUCUCCAAGUGCUGAAGGUACUUCUUACUGCUGUGGCUUCCUCAAAAUUCAGAGUACACGGUGAGCCUUUGCUGGCAGUUAUCAGAGUUUGCUAUAAUAUUGCUCUAAAUAGCAAGUCCCCGAUAAACCAAGCAACAUCAAAGGCAAUGCUGACCCAGAUGAUCAGCAUUGUUUUUAGGAGAAUGGAAACUGAUCCGGUUGAAACUUCAUCUGUUUCUGGUGGGCCUACAAUUACAAAGACAGCUUCAGCAGAGAAUUUAAACACAAAACCUGAUGAAACUUCUGCGGGAGACUCAAAUGAAAAAGAUAUGACUUUAGGUGAUGCACUCAGUCAAGCCAAGGAUGCAUCUCUUACAUCUCUUGAGGAAAUUCAGAGUCUCGCUGGGGGUGCUGAUAUCAAGGGCCUAGAAGCUGUACUGGACAAGGCUGUGCAUACUGAAGAUGGUAAAAAAAUAACACGUGGGAUUGAUUUGGAGAGCAUGAGUGUAGCACAACGCGAUGCUUUGUUGGUAUUCCGCACUCUUUGCAAGAUGGGUAUGAAGGAAGAUAAUGAUGAAGUUACAACCAAGACUAGGAUUCUGUCUCUUGAGCUUCUGCAGGGUUUGUUAGAGGGAGUUAGCCACUCAUUUACAAAGAACUUCCAUUUUAUUGAUUCAGUGAAGGCAUAUCUUUCAUACGCAUUGUUACGAGCUUCAGUUUCACAAUCCCCCGUCAUAUUUCAGUAUGCAACGGGAAUAUUCUUAGUGCUGCUAUUGCGAUUCAGGGAGAGUCUAAAAGGUGAAAUAGGCAUCUUCUUUCCAUUGAUAGUUCUUAGACCACUGGAUGGUUUAGAGUUUUCUGUCAACCAAAAACUCAGUGUUCUUCGGAUGUUAGAGAAAGUAUGUAAGGAUCCGCAAAUGCUUGUUGACAUCUUUGUGAAUUAUGACUGUGAUCUUGAGGCGCCAAACUUGUUUGAACGAAUGGUUACAACUCUAUCCAAAAUAGCUCAAGGGACUCAAAAUACUGAUCCAAAUUCAGUUGCUGCUUCUCAGACAGCUUCAAUCAAAGGUUCAUCACUUCAAGGUCUUGUGAGUGUUCUUAAAUCACUGGUUGAUUGGGAACAAUCGCACAGGGAAUUGGUAAAGUUAAAGAACAAUAAGCAAGAAGGGGUUUCAGGUGAAGAUUCUUUUGAAAUAAGAUCCAGGGAGGAUACAACUAGUGAUUUUGAGAAGGCCAAGGCCCACAAGUCGACAUUGGAGGCUGCCAUUGCCGAGUUCAACAGGAAACCAAUGAAAGGGGUGGAGUAUCUAAUAUCAAAUAAGUUGGUGGAAAACAAACCCGCUUCUGUUGCUCAAUUUUUGAAAAACUCUCCCACAUUGGAUAAGGCUACUAUUGGUGACUAUUUAGGUCAACAUGAAGAUUUUCCCCUUGCUGUGAUGCACGCUUAUGUAGAUUCCAUGAAAUUUUCUGGAAUGAAAUUUGAUACCGCUAUCAGGGAGUUUCUUAAAGGAUUUCGACUUCCCGGGGAAGCUCAAAAGAUAGAUCGGAUCAUGGAGAAGUUUGCAGAGAGAUACUGUGCAGACAACCCGGGCCUGUUUAAAAAUGCAGAUACAGCAUAUGUUCUUGCUUAUGCUGUUAUUAUGUUGAAUACUGAUGCUCAUAACCCAAUGGUGUGGCCUAAGAUGUCCAAGUCAGAUUUUGUUCGAAUGAAUGCUAAGGAUGAUCCAGAUGAAUGUGCACCUAAAGAACUUCUGGAAGAGAUCUAUGAUUCCAUUGUCAAAGAAGAGAUUAAAAUGAAAGAUGACCCAUCUUUUAUUGGAAAAAGCAGCAAACAAAAGUCAGAAGGUGAAGAAGGACGCCUUGUCAGUAUACUUAACCUGGCACUCCCCAAAAGAAAGUCAUCAGAAGAUGCCAAGUCUGAAAGUGAAGCUAUCAUUAAGAAAACACAAGCCAUUUUCAGGAAUAAAGGGGUGAAAAGAGGGGUUUUCUACACUGCUCAGCAGAUUGAACUUGUAAGGCCCAUGGUGGAUGCUGUUGGGUGGCCGUUGCUUGCUACCUUCUCUGUAACUAUGGAAGAAGGUGAUAAUAAGCCUCGUGUCAUUCUGUUGAUGGAGGGCUUUAAAGCUGGCAUACAUAUUACGUAUGUGCUUGGAAUGGAUACCAUGCGUUAUGCAUUUUUAACAUCUCUGGUCAGGUAUGAUAUUUUCCUGCAUCCGCUGUUGCCUGACGCCCCCAAAAAUGUUAUUUUGACUAUUAUUGGUCAUUUGUUUUUUCCUGUUGUUUUUUAUUUUAAAUAUUCUAUGAAGUAUCAUACCUUCUGUAUGAGAAAACAGCAAUAUUCUAUGAUGUUUGAUGGAGUGGACUUUGACUAUGUUCAUUUUGUUUCUUGCCAAUUCAGGUUUACUUUCUUGCAUGCUCCCAAGGAAAUGCGUAGUAAAAAUGUGGAAGCUUUACGGACACUAUUAAUUCUUUGCGACUCAGACAUGAAUUCCCUUCAAGACACAUGGAAUGCAGUUCUGGAAUGUGUUUCUCGCCUUGAAUUUAUAACAACAACUCCUGCAAUUUCUGCCACUGUAAUGUAUGGGUCAAAUCAAAUCUCCAAGGAUGCUGUUGUUCUAUCACUCAGAGAAUUAGCUGGGAAACCAGCUGAACAAGUGUUCAUGAAUAGUGUUAAACUACCCAGUGAUUCCAUUGUGGAAUUCUUCACUGCUCUCUGUGGUGUAUCCGCUGAAGAGCUAAAGCAAACUCCAGCUCGUGUUUUCAGCUUGCAAAAGCUUGUUGAAAUUAGUUAUUACAAUAUGGCUCGUAUACGUAUGGUGUGGGCUAGAAUCUGGUCUGUUCUAGCUAAUCACUUUAUAUCAGCUGGAAGUCAUCAGGAUGAGAAAAUUGCCAUGUAUGCCAUAGAUUCUUUAAGACAACUUGGUAUGAAGUAUUUGGAGCGUGCUGAACUGGCCAAUUUCACUUUUCAAAAUGAUAUUCUCAAACCAUUUGUUGUUCUUAUGCGGAAUAGUCAAAGUGAAUCCAAAAGGAGGCUAAUUGUUGAUUGCAUUGUUCAGAUGAUAAAAUCUAAGGUUGGAAACAUAAAGUCUGGAUGGCAUAGUGUUUUUAUGAUCUUUACGGCUGCUGCAGAUGAUGAAUUGGAAUCAAUUGUUGAGAGUGCAUUUGAAAAUGUUGAACAGGUCAUUUUAGAACACUUUGAUCAAGUUGUGGGAGACUGCUUCAUGGAUUGUGUGAAUUGUCUCAUCAGGUUUGCUAAUAAUAAAACUUCACACCGAAUAAGUUUGAAGGCUAUUGCACUCCUGCGGAUCUGUGAGGACCGUCUUGCAGAGGGUCUUAUUCCUGGAGGUGCUUUAAUGCCUGUUGAUGCUAAUUUGGACGCAACUUUGGAAGUAACUGAGCAUUAUUGGUUCCCGAUGCUGGCUGGUUUAUCUGAUCUAACAUCAGAUCAAAGACCAGAGGUCAGAAGUUGUGCACUUGAAGUGUUGUUUGAUUUGCUGAAUGAAAGAGGUAGCAAGUUCUCUACGCCCUUUUGGGAGAGUAUUUUCCAUCGAGUUCUAUUUCCAAUUUUCGAUCAUGUGAGACAUGCUGGAAAAGAGGGCUUUGUUUCCAGUGAUGAUGAUUGGUUUCGUGAAACAAGCAUACAUUCACUUCAGCUGCUCUGCAACCUCUUCAACACAUUUUAUAAGGAGGUCUGUUUUAUGCUGCCGCCAUUGCUGAGUUUGCUGUUAGAUUGUGCCAAAAAGACAGAUCAAACAGUGGUCUCAAUUUCUCUCGGUGCGCUGGUGCAUCUCAUUGAAGUUGGUGGUCAUCAAUUCAGUGAUAGUGACUGGGAUAUGCUACUCAAAAGCAUAAGAGAUGCAUCAUACACGACCCAACCUCUAGAGCUGCUUAAUGCUUUGAGUUUUGAAAAUGUGAGAAAUCAUGGAGGCAUAACUAGAGAUUCUGAGGCCAAUGCAGGUGACAGUGUAACCAUAAAGUCUAUUGACAAUGAGUCAGUUGGCGACCAUCAACUUGAUGCCAGUAGUAAUGGAAGAUUAUCCCCACUAGCAUCCUCAAAUGCAAAUGCUGAUGGAUUUGAAGAUUCGGUAUCACCGACAAAUGCAGAUCCGUCUGAAGGCCUUCCAUCUCCAUCAGGAAGAACUCCCAAAGCUGCAGAUGGUGGAGGCUUUCAGCGGAGUCAAACCUUAGGCCAACGGAUUAUGGGAAAUAUGAUGGACAAUAUCUUCCUUCGAAAUCUUACUUCAAAAUCUAAAAGUCCUAUUUCAGAUGCUUCUCAACCAUCUUCUCCAGUUACGGUUGCUGAUACUGUAGAGCCUGAUGCCAAGGAUGAGGAGAGUCCUUUGCUUGUAACUGUCAGGGGAAAGUGCAUUACGCAAUUAUUGCUUCUUGGUGCAAUUGAUGGUAUUCAGAAGAAAUAUUGGACAAUGUUAAAAGCACCUCAGAAGAUAGCCAUAAUGGACAUUUUACUGUCGUUGUUGGAGUUUGCUGCUUCAUAUAACUCAUCUAUAAAUCUAAGAACUCGCAUGCACCAAAUUCCUGAUGAAAGGCCACCAAUAAAUCUUCUUCGGCAAGAAUUAGCCGGCACUGGAGUAUAUUUGGACAUCUUACAAAAAGCAACUUAUGGGUUUGAAGCAAACAAAGAAAAAUCUCCAGAGUCUGAUAAACUUCAACAUGCUGAUUCUACAGGAGACAGUGACUCAAGUAUUACUCAACACUCUGACGAUGAAGAGAAAUUUGAAAGGGUAGCCGAGGAGAAACUGGUGUCUUUCUGUGAACAGGUGCUCAGGGAGGCAUCUGAUCUCCAAUCUAGUACUGGAGAAACAACUAAUAUGGAUAUUCAUCGUGUGUUGGAGCUGCGUGCUCCUAUCAUUAUUAAGGUGCUUCAAAGCAUGUGCUUUAUGAACAACAAGAUCUUCAGAAGACACCUAAGAGAAUUCUAUCCUUUGUUAACAAGACUAGUUUGCUGUGACCAGAUGGAUGUUCGGGGAGCUCUUGGUGAUCUAUUCCAAGCACAAUUGAAAGCCCUUUUACCUUAAUCAUCUGGUAAUUCUGCUUUUAGGGCACUCAGACAAAUACUUCAGCGCAUUGCCGGUGUUAAUUUUAGGUGGCUCGGAAAGAAGAAAGAUUAUAGGGUUUUAUAUUAAUCAUUUCAUGAAAAUUUUGUGCUGGAACAGUUUUGUAGAAAGUCAAUAGAAAUGUAAUUUUGGUUUCAUCCUCGGUGUGCCAAUAUUCACUUGCCCUUAAUUCUAUUUGUCUGUGCAGUAUUUGGAAUAGCUGAAGUUCUGGUUGAGGUUUUCAAUCAGGCAUUUGUUGUAUGAUAAUAGCCAUGUACCAUGCGAAAGCCUUGCGUCUUUCAUUAGGAGAAAUUUCAAAUAUUUGUCAAUCAUCAUUCAUAUUCAUAGUGUAUACAUGGGGUAAAAGAAUUUGCAGCU